AUGGCCGCAUCGCAGAUUCCAAAUCUUAACCUUCUUCGUCGAGGUCGCGGCCGAGGGCGCGGAGGCAGUCGUGGAGUCGAAGAUGGCCACAGUACUCGCACGUCUGGUAAAGACCGUGUCGUACAAGGUACUGACAAUGACGCGAGUGUCUCUCGCCUGAGCGCCGUCGAGCUGGGAUAUCUCGUUGACCCCUACGCGAAAGCAUUGACACCGCCGGGCUCAGCGACGAGGAGGUUCCCAAUUAUCAACAGAGGCAUGUGUGCUGGGUCAGAUACACGUGUUUUCCGGCUCUUUACCUCCAGAAGACCAUCCGAUGUCAUUUAUCACGAAAUUGACUUUGCGGUCAACACGGCAGCGAAGAUUCGUGCAAUUCGCUCAACGCCGAAUUUACAAAGGGCGCUAGAACUUGAUCCAGCGAGCAACGACGUGACUGUAUCAGAAGCAGGUGAUGCGCUACACACCCCAUUCUACCAUAUCCACCCCUGCGACCUACGAUCGCUGUCGCCCAAUCUCCCUCUCUCUGAAGCGCUUCCAGGUGUGGACAGGACCCUACCGACAUUGCUCAUAUCGGAAUGCUGCCUAAUAUAUCUGUCUCCAACUGAGGCUGCUCAGGUGGUCACUUUUUUCACUGGACAUCUCUUCGGUCCUACGUAUGCGCCCUUUGUGGGCAGUGAAGAGGUGCAGAGUUCGCCGAUUAUCGCCCCUCUCGGGCUGAUCUUGUACGAGCCCAUUCGACCGAACGAUCCCUUCGGGCGGACCAUGGUGUCCAAUCUUGCGGCUCGAGGAAUCCAAUUGCAGACACUUAAUAAGUAUGCCUCGUUGGAGGCCCAGCGAGCUCGAUUACUUGAGCAAGGCUUCGAGGCCGGUCAAGCUGCCGCCGAUAUUGAUUUCAUUUGGGAACGCUGGGUAAAUGAGGAAGAAAAAGAGCGAGUCGCCGGGCUCGAGAUGUUGGAUGAGAUGGAAGAGUGGCGACUGCUUGCUCGGCAUUACUGCAUUUCAUGGGGAUGGAGGAAUGGCAACAAUCCUGGGGCGUUUAGUGGGUGGACGACCCUGCAAGCUCAACCGGGCGAGUAA